CCUAAACAGGCUUGAACAAUCUAGAACCAGUUAACAGGGGAAAAACAGCAGGUUAUUUAACAAUAAAGUACUUAAAGCCUCCUUAGCAAGAAGCCCUUCAUUCCUACACACAGAACUUUACAGUAGUCUCAUCAAGCUGAUAUCGAGUAUCUUAAGUCAAAAAUGGAUUUGUUAAACAAGGCAGCUCCUUCAGACGAUGAAAUAUCAAGUCUCAAAGGCCAACUUGCUGACGAAACAGCCAAGAAUACAGCCCUGACAGAGCAGCUCAAAAAUGCCUUGGAGGGGAAGGUAGACGAUGUAAAGGAGUUUAUGUCAAACCUAAGCAUCCAAGACGAGGCGACAGCUAAAAUACAAGAGUUGACAACGCAAAACGAAAAACUUCAAGGGAUGCUGAGUGAGUUACAAGAAAAAGUCCAGGCACUUACAGGAAUGGUAGGAGGAGAUCAGGCAGCUGCUGGUGCCUUGAUGGGUGGUGCUUCAGCAUCGGCUGCAGGUUUAACAGGGGCAGCUGAAGGUGCUGCGGAUGAUGCUGCAGAUCAAGCAAGUGAAGCUGCUGAUGCAGCUGCAAAACAAGCAGCAGAGGCAGCUGCCGAAGCCCAGAAGCAGGCUGAAGAAGCUGCCGCUGAAGCAGCAAAGUCUGCAGAGGAGGCUAAAGAGCAGGCAGAAGAAGCGGCUGCAGCUGCUGCUAGUGCUCUGGGAAACAUUUCUUCAGGUUUUGGUUGGUAGAGCAGAAAUUACGCUGAACCGUUAAAACAUGAACUAGAACUAAAAAGCUUCAAAAGUGAUGUAUAAUUUUUUUUCCAAGCUGAAUUAAUUAUUGUACAACAUUUUUUUUAUGUCAAGACUGAUGUACUAGUUCCUAUGCCACAAGUCUGUUUUCGAUUGUCAGAAUAAAUGUGUUUUAAAACGAUUAAAAGCAGUCAUACCUGUAAA